UGCGCGCGCACGCGUGGUGUGUCACUGGGCGGGGCGAGCGCUGCGCGGAGUUCCCGGCCUGGCGUUCUGGCUCCGCAGCCCCCUGCCGCCUACCCUGCACCGGCCCGGCCCGGCCCCAUGUACCGCGCGCUGUACGCGUUCCGCUCGGCGGAGCCCAACGCGCUGGCGUUCGCCGCGGGCGAGACCUUCCUGGUGCUGGAGCGCAGCAGCGCGCAUUGGUGGCUGGCGGCGCGGGCGCGCAGUGGUGAGACCGGCUACGUGCCGCCCGCCUACCUGCGCCGCCUGCAGGGCCUGGAGCAGGAUGUCCUGCAGGCCAUUGACCGGGCCAUCGAGGCUGUGCACAACACAGCUAUGCAGGAUGGUGGCAAAUACAGCCUAGAACAGCGCGGAGUUCUCCAGAAGUUGAUCCACCAGCGGAAAGAGACCCUGUCUCGCAGAGGCCCCUCAGCUUCCAGUGCUGCAGCAAUGACCCCAUCCACCAGUGACCACCAUUUGGAUGCUGCUGCCGCCAGGCAGCCCAAUGGAGUGUGUCGAGCUGGGUUCGAGCGGCAGCACAGCUUGCCCAGCUCUGAGCAUCUUGGUGCAGAUGGAGGCUUCUACCAGAUCCCACCACAGCCUCGCCGGGCAGCGCCUGCCACACCUCCCCCGCCUGUGAAACGCAGAGACCGAGAGGCCCUGGUGGCCUCGGGGAGUGGCGGCCACAACAGCAUGCCUUCCAGGGGGAGCUCCGUGUCCAGCGGCUCCUCAGUCAGCAGCACCUCCCUGGACACGCUCUAUACCCACUCCAGCCCGUCUGAGCUGGGCUCCAGCUGCUCACCCACACCCCCUCCUGUGCCCCGCCGGAGCACCCACACCACUGUGUCCCAAGCCCAGCCCCCUCCUUCCAAGGAACCAGACCCUGAACCCCCUGCAGAAGAAGUGGCAGUUGGCACAACCUCAGCCUCUGAUGAUUUAGAGGCCCUGGAUGCACUGAGCCUGGGGACCACAGAGGAAAAGGCAGUGGCUGAGACAGCUGUGCCAAGGACCAUUGGGGCAGAGCUGAUGGAGCUUGUGCGGCGAAACACCGGCCUGAGCCAUGAAUUAUGCCGUGUGGCCAUUGGUGUCGUGGUGGGUCACAUCCAGGCCUCCGUGCCAGCCACCGCACCUAUCAUGGAGCAGGUCCUCCUCUCGCUGGUGGAGGGCAAGGACCUGAGCACAGCCCUGCCCUCAGGGCAGGUCUGCCAUGACCAGCAGAGGCUGGAGGUGAUCUUCGCAGACCUGGCUCGGCACAAGGAUGACGCCCAGCAGCGCAGCUGGGCCCUAUAUGAGGACGAGGGCGUCAUCCGCUGCUACCUGGAGGAGCUGCUGCAUAUUCUGACUGAUGCAGACCCUGAAGUUUGCAAGAAAAUGUGCAAGAGAAAUGAGUUCGAGUCUGUCCUGGCCUUGGUGGCCUAUUACCAAAUGGAGCACCGAGCAUCACUGCGGCUGCUGCUCCUCAAGUGCUUUGGUGCCAUGUGCAGCCUGGAUGCAGCCAUCAUCUCCACACUCGUGUCAUCUGUGCUGCCAGUAGAGCUGGCACGGGACAUGCAGACGGACACACAGGACCACCAGAAACUCUGUUACUCUGCCCUUGUCCUGGCCAUGGUCUUCUCCAUGGGGGAGGCAGUGCCGUAUGCACACUACGAACACCUGGGCACACCCUUCGCCCAGUUCUUGCUGAGCGUCGUUGAGGAUGGGCUGCCCUUGGACACCACGGAGCAGCUGCCAGACCUCUGCGUGAACCUGCUUCUGGCUCUCAACCUGCACCUGCCAGCCCCUGAUCAGAAUGUCAUUAUGGCCGCCCUGAGCAAACAUACCAAUGUCAAGAUCUUCUCUGAGAAGCUGCUGUUGCUCCUGAACAGAGGGGAUGACCCUGUGCGCAUCUUCAAACAUGAGCCACAGCCGCCACACUCUGUCCUCAAGUUCCUGCAGGACGUGUUCGGCAGCGCCACCACAGCUGCCAUCUUCUACCACACAGACAUGAUGGCGCUCAUUGACAUCACUGUGCGGCACAUCGCAGACCUGUCCCCUGGAGACAAGCUGCGCAUGGAAUACCUCUCCCUGAUGCAUGCCGUGGUCCGCUCCACGCCCUACCUACAGCACCGCCACCGGCUGCCCGACCUGCAGGCCACACUGCGACGCAUCCUGGCUGAGGAGGAGGCUUCGCCCCAGUGCCAGAUGGACCGCAUGAUUGUUCGAGAGAUGUGCAAGGAAUUCCCUGUGCUAGGGGAGGCCCCCAGCUAGCACUUUCCUUUCCUCCCUUCCCUGCAGCCCCAGUCAGGGUGCAGGGGACUUGGGGCUUGGCCCUAAGAACGUUUUGCACUGACAGUGAGGGGGUAAGGUGGAAGAAGGGACCUGAGCAGGGCCCCCCACCUGAAGUAGACCUUAGGUAAGGGGCCAAGUGUAGGAUUGGGGACCACAGUCUGGGAGCUGUCCUGGGGCAGGGGGAUAUGCAAGAUGAAGCCCCUCUAUCCCCAUAUAGGCUGCCUCUUCAGCAUGCCCCCUUCCCCCACACCCACGUGCACACUUGGAGUACUGCUGCUGCUGCUCCAGGCUGGGCCGCAGUCCCCAUCCCCACCCCACCUGGUUUGUGUCCUGGGCCUGAGCAAGCCAUGUCCUUGGGGUGAGGGAGGCGUCUCCCACCAGCUCUGUUCUUGCCUUAGCUUUGCAGUGAGUGCUGCUCAUGUGCUCCCCCUGCCCCCACGGGCUCACUCCCACCCCAGAGGCCUUGGCCAAGCUGCUGCUUUGAAAGCGGGAUCUUGGAGACAGGCCAUCCAUCCUGGAGCCUCACAGAACAGGAUGAUGGCGCUGAAAAAGCCAACGAUGGAAUCUAUUUUCUCUGUAAAAAUGUAGACUGAAAAGCCAUGUGUAUUUUCCUAUGUGCUGCAGCUCUCCUUUGGAAAUAAAUCACGGACGUCUGGAAA